UCAAGAAAACAUCAGGUAAAAAGAAUGCAUGAGUCAUAGCGAAGAGUGGGUUUUCCGAUUUCUUUUCUUUUUGUCCCUCCAUGCACGCGGACUACGCUUUAACAAUGUCUUCACAAGUAAUCACUCUGUACCUGCUAAUUAUGAAAGGCGUGUUAUCAGCGUCCAUUUUGCAAUGUCCAUUAAAUAAAACAGAAUGGGAAAACAAAUCAAAGAAGUUCUUUUGUCAAGGAAGUGAGGAAUACCAUUGUUUUCUUAUGGAGGAUGCACUGUCUAGAAGGGAAAGCUGUAUUGAAGUAGCUAAAAUAGUUGAAGGAUAUUGCCCAAUAUUCACCACGACUGGCUACUUACAUUGGAGAUCAUGUAAUAUGACAGGUUGUCCACAAAUGAGGUACCGAAGUAAUGAGGUCUACAAAUAUCCAAUAUGCUAUGGAGAUAUAAAAGAUAAUAAUAAUGGACUUGAGGGGUCAGGGGAAAGUGGAAUAAACCUUGGGUUGAUACUUGGAAUUGGAAUUUCACUUAUGCUCAUUGCUCUUUGUAUAACUUCUUUUUUUGUCAUCGCUAGAAGGAGGCAUAAUAAUAGAGGCAAUACAACACUCGAGAUUGGCAAUUCCGAGGAAAUUGUGGAGCUUGUUACACAUAACCAUGAACAAGAUGAAUUCGUCAUCAAUGGAGUUGCAGCCCUCGUCUCUGGAAAGCUACUCUAUGUUGUUGGAAAACUCGGUAAUUCAGUUUCUACCACUGGGAAAGAUAUCGUGACAACGUUUGCAAAGGACAAAGGAAUGAAACCCUGUUUUUAUCAUUAUUUAGACUUUCCAGAAGAAUUUCCGAAAGAAACCGUAAACUUUAUAGAUGGGUGGGGUGGCUUGUGGAAUUAUAAUCCCUGUGAGAUGAAGGAUACAAUUGCAAAAAGUAGACUGAAAAAAAUAAUUUCUUAUGAUAAUCCUUCUGCGCCAAAUGUCAAGUUUAUCGUUGGAAUUCGAAGUGACCUAAAGGAAAAACUAAGGAAAUAUAAAAUAAAUUUUUGAGAACACGAAACUUUAUCACUGGAUAAUUUCUCAAAAUCUAAGUAGGAAAAUGAUACAAACAGACUUCAAUUGACACAGACCAAUUGUUCUAUUAUUAACUGUAGAUGUAAAUCUAUAACAAUUGGGGAUCUUAAAGAUAUUUCUUUUACACAUAUUGGAAUACCUUUGAUGGUUACUCUGAUGGACAUAGAUCGUAGUAUGAUAAACGGAUUUUUGUCAAAAGAAAUAGGACCUAUGGAAGCAUUAAAAAAACAUAUACGAGAUACAAAAUCAAAUGAUGAAAUGCUCUUUAAUUUAAUUCUUUAUAUAGUUUUUUACGGGUAUUACGAUCAGUAUGAAAUUAGGGAUGAAUUUGAACAGGAGUUCGGCGUAGCAAAAGAUUGCCUUCAAAACGAUGUCGAUUCGGAGAAAUUGCAGAAAUACACAAAAACAAUAAAUAAAUCAAAACUUGCUUCGAUGUGGUCGGACAAUCAAGACAAUAAAGACAACGGUUCUUCUCAAAACGUUCUUGUAUUUUGGCAUAAUUUUCUGUAUAUAUGUGCAUUUCAUGUCUGUUUUGAGUCAUAUCUUGACGAAAUGAUACGCGUUUGCAACAUUGAUGCAUUACUUCAGCUGCUUCGUCCGAAGGGGUCGAAAAAAAAGAGAGGUAUACUAUUCAAAUAGACCCUUCUUUGAUCGAUAAAAUUCAUGAAAGACUUCAGGGAACCUGGGUUGAGAAUAAAUGGUCUGAGCAUCCUUUGAGUAGACAUGAAACACAAAAAAGGAAGGACUUAGACCGACGCAAGACACAUUUCUUGUAAGAGGUCUGCAAACGAGGAGGAUUACAUUAAAAAAAGUCAUUUUUCCAUUUCUUUUUUUCAAUUUCUGCAUUCUUGAAGAGUGGAGUGUUGUGGCCGAAGAACAUCUCUUAUGUAGAACACGAAGAUGCCUUGAAUGUGGGCUUAGCUUUAGCCUACAUUUACCUGUAAACAGCUUCUUUAUCUACUUGAAACAUGUGAAAUAUUUGCUUUGAAUAAAAAAAACAUUUUGCAGUUAUUUUU